AUGCUACCCCUCUUCCCCGUUCUCGCUGCUCUUGUGGCCUUUCCUUCAGCUCUGGCGGUCUCUGGCAUCACCACCGAUCCCUCCACCGUAUCUGAUCAGUCUUUCGACUAUGUGAUCGUCGGCGGCGGCCUCGGAGGUCUCGUCGUUGCCAACAGACUCUCAGAGGACCCGAACAUUUCUGUACUUGUGAUCGAAGCCGGCGAGGACAACCGCGACGACGAGAGGAUCUACGACCCCUACCAGUACUCGGUGGCAUUCGGCACGGAGCUCGAUUGGAACUGGCCCAGUAGUCAGGGUAGAUACAUUCACGGGCAAACACUCGGCGGUUCAACUUCUAUCAAUGGACUGGCGCAGACUCGAGGUCAGAAGGCUCAAUAUGACGCGCUGGCGACUUUCUUGGGUGGCGACGACAACAACGGUCGAUGGAACUGGAACGGGAUGUACUUUGGUAUGCUUAAGAGUGAAGGCUUCAGUGCUCCUAACAGUCAGCAACAGGAUGCUGGUGCCAGCUCCAAUGGAGCAUACCACAACACCUCUGGCCCUGUUCAGGUCACGUACCCCGAUGGCAUCUACCACGGUCCCCAGCAAAAGUAUUUCAAAGAAGUCGUCUCGACCAACUUUUCAGUCGCUUCUUCGCCCGAUGCCGAUGGAGGCUCUGCCAACGUAGUCGCUUUCCACCCGAACACCAUAGACUGGAGCGACAACGACCACCGUUCCUCUUCAGCCACCGCCUACUUUUCCCCCGUGUCCUCGCGCUCCAACCUCGCCAUCCUCACCACCCACCUCGCCACCAAGAUCGUCCUCUCCUCCACCAACUCGUCCGUCAAAGCUACCGGUGUCGAAUUCGCUUCCUCCAGCGGGGACGAAAACUCUGACCGAUGGACGGUCAAUGCCAACAAGGAGGUCAUUGUAUCUGCCGGUGCUAUCCAAACGCCUGCUUUGUUGCAAUUGAGUGGGAUCGGAGAAAAGUCGUUCUUGGAGGGUUUGGGUAUCGACACGGUUGUGGAGAGCAAUGGGGUUGGGAAGAACCUUCAGGAGCAGACUAUGGACUCUGUUGGAUGGACUCCCGUAGACGACUUUGACGCCGACGGUCAAGGUCCCAGUAACGUCAUCGCCUAUCCCUCUCUUCUCGGUAUCACCUCCUCAAGCAACGUCGACAUUGCCCAAAAGAUCACCGACCAGCUCGACUCCUACGCCCAAGACGCAUACGACAACGGCGCCUUCAUCUCCGUCGACGCUGCAAGCGACUACUUCAACAUCCAAAAAGACCUCAUGCUCAAUUCUUCUGUCGGGCUCGUCGAGCUCUUCUUUGACACUGGAUUCCCCAACGGAGGUCUCGGCGUUGACAUGUGGAGUCUGCUCCCAUUCUCCAGAGGUCAUGUCAAGAUUGCCUCGACUAACCCGUUCGACUAUCCAGAUAUUGACCCGCGAUAUUUUGCUGCUGAAGUCGACAUGGAUAUCCAGAUUGCUGGCGUGAGAAUGGCUCGAAAGAUCUUCCAGACUGCGCCCUUGAAGAGCAUCGUGACUGAAGAGAACGCGCCUGGGUAUGACUCCGUUCCCGAGGAUGGUAAUGGCGGUUCUGACGAGGACUGGAAGAGCUGGAUCGAAGAUGGAUUCGCCUCUGUCCAUCACCCCAUCGCGACCUGUUCCAUGAUGUCUCAAGACCUUGGCGGUGUCGUCGGCUCCGACCUGAAAGUCUACGGCACCGAGAAUCUGAGGAUCGUCGAUGCUAGUGUGCUGCCUAUUCAAUUCUCCGCCCAUCUGAGUGCCACGUUGUAUGGCCUGGCUGAGAAUGCUGCUGAUAUGUAA